GUUGAGCGUUCGCGGGGAGGUUGAUAAUCGUUUUUCACCGUCAAUCAAAAAAAAGGGAGCAAAGGAGGCCAGGAGAGAGAGGGGGAAAAAAUCAGAUCUCCUCAGGGGAGGAUGUGAGAAUUAAUAAUAAAUUAACGCAGAAGGACAACUACAUUUUAUUUGAAGGGAAACUUGAUUUUUUUUUUCUCGAAUUGUUUCGACUGAUGAGCGGCAGUUAGCGAGCAGCGCGAGGCACAAUUGUUUGAAUUUUUGAAUCGUGGUUGCCGUUUCCACCACCCCCCCUCCUCCUCCCUCCGGGUCCUUUUCCAGCCGCCGCCGGCCUCCUAAAUUUCCUCCUUCCUCCCCCUUCUUUUCCUACCCCUACCUCCCCUCUCUCUCUCUCUCUCACCUCCUUUGCCGGCUCGAACCAUGUCGAUCUUGCCCUUCACGCCGCCCAUCGUCAAGCGUUUGCUGGGCUGGAAGAAAGGCGGCGAGUCGCAGUCUCCCUCCCCCCAGUCCCCGACCCAGCAGCAGCAACAACAACAACAGCAGCAGCAAAACAACGGGCAGGACGACAAAUGGUGCGAGAAAGCCGUCAAGAGCUUGGUGAAGAAGCUCAAGAAAACGGGGCAGCUGGACGAACUGGAGAAGGCCAUCACUACCCAGAGCUGCAACACCAAGUGUGUGACCAUCCCUAGCACAUGCUCUGAAAUUUGGGGACUGAGUACACCUGGUACAGUAGAUCAGUGGGAUACAACAGGCCUUUACAGCUUUCCUGAGCAAACCAGAUCACUUGAUGGCCGACUGCAGGUUUCACAUCGCAAAGGUUUGCCUCAUGUUAUUUACUGUCGCUUGUGGCGAUGGCCUGAUCUUCACAGUCACCAUGAGCUUCGAGCCAUUGAAACUUGUGAAUAUGCUUUCAAUCUCAAAAAGGAUGAAGUGUGUGUUAAUCCAUACCACUAUCAGAGGGUGGAGACACCAGUUUUGCCUCCAGUAUUGGUGCCACGACACACAGAAAUUCCAGCAGAGUUGCCCCCACUUGAUGACUACACUCAUUCCAUCCCUGAAAACACUAAUUUUCCAGCUGGAAUAGAGCCACAGAGCAACUACAUCCCAGAAACACCACCACCUGGCUAUAUCAGUGAAGAUGGGGAGACGAGUGAUCAACAAAUGAACCAAAGUAUGGAUACAGGGUCUCCUGCAGAAAUGUCACCAAGUACCUUGUCGCCAGUCAAUCAUAGCUUGGAUCUGCAACCUGUAACCUAUUCAGAGCCAGCAUUCUGGUGCUCAAUAGCAUAUUAUGAGUUAAACCAGAGAGUUGGUGAAACCUUUCAUGCAUCUCAGCCUUCAUUAACUGUGGAUGGAUUUACAGACCCAUCAAAUUCAGAAAGAUUCUGUCUGGGUUUGCUGUCCAACGUCAAUAGAAAUGCAACAGUUGAGAUGACAAGACGACACAUUGGGAGAGGAGUAAGGUUGUAUUACAUUGGUGGGGAAGUUUUUGCUGAGUGUCUGAGUGACAGUGCCAUCUUUGUUCAGAGUCCAAAUUGUAAUCAAAGAUACAGCUGGCAUCCCGCAACAGUGUGCAAAAUUCCACCAGGCUGUAACCUGAAAAUAUUCAACAACCAGGAGUUUGCAGCACUUCUGGCUCAGUCUGUGAACCAAGGCUUUGAAGCUGUUUACCAGUUAACCAGAAUGUGCACAAUUAGGAUGAGUUUUGUGAAAGGCUGGGGUGCUGAAUACAGACGGCAGACUGUGACGAGCACUCCUUGUUGGAUUGAACUUCACCUGAAUGGACCCUUGCAGUGGCUUGACAAAGUUUUAACUCAAAUGGGCUCCCCCUCUGUCCGCUGCUCAAGCAUGUCCUAAUUGACGACUUCACCUAUUUCAGUAUCGAGACUGGAUCAAACAUAAGAUGGAGUCCAAUCAACAGAUUUAAACAGCUUUUCUGUUGUAGUACUUGUGUGUUAUCCCAGAGACUCUUUGUUAAUACAAAACAAAAUCAAAAAGAAUGGCACUUGAUCUCAUCAACUUAAGCACCUUGUUGAGUUUUAUUAUCCCACACCCAGAUUAUGACAUAAAUGUAUUAGUAUUAGUGUAUUAAACACAUGAAUAUAGCUUAUGACUGAGGGUGAAGGGAAAGCUGUGUAAAAUGACAUUGUAUUAUGUGUUAAUGCACAUGUAUCGAGUGCCUGAGGUCCAUCAAUAACAUGUACAGUAAUUCAGUAUGUGAUUCUACACACAUUUGCUAUAUAUUUUAGAAUUACGUUCUUCAUUAAAUGAAAUCUCUAUCUUUGCCUUUUCUCUCUUUCUCCUCCCCAACCCUGCCCCCCACCUUCAAAAUAGAUGCACAGACUAAAAUCUGAUAGAUAAUUUAAUUGACACAUUGCAAAUAAAAAGGAGGGAAUCUUAUGAAUAUGAUGAAUUUAAAUGAAUGAAUUUAAAAUGAGAAACAAGAUAGUCGGAAGCGGGAAGCAUAGCAUGAAUUUAAUUUUUCUCAAGGUAUUGGGUCGUAAUUACCACAAAGUCACCUAUAGCAACAAAAUAUCACUGGUAUUUAGGCAAAGAAGUUUUUGUUUCAAAGAUUACUAGGCAGCGUUACUGCUGGAGAAAUGCUGAGUUGUGACAGUGAACUUGGACUCACCACUAAAAGAUGACUGAAUGUAGCAUUAUAUUGAAACUGGCAUUUUCAGAGAUGGAUCUACAAAUGGAAAUGAGCAGGAAUGUGGUCAGAUCUGGCUUAUUAUUAGUUAGGUGCAGUGCCAAAUUAGCAUUAUUUUCUCCUCUAUGUAACUCAGCUGAAAUGCAAGGUGAACUUUGGUAUGAAAACAUGGAAAUUCAUAUAGUAUUUUAUCAUUGUUGAAUAGUUGGACCUUAGAUUAAAGAACUUAGUGCAGUUUAUUUAACUUUUGUUACCUGUUCAACUUAAUCUUGAUUUCAAGUGUUUCAAAAGACUGUAUUGUAAGCUAUUUUAGCCUCUUGAGUUAUUUCAUUUAAUUUGUUUUAGAAUGCAUAUAGAGCUAGUGUGGUACUAAUAAGCGCUAUUCACAGUAUACCCAGCAUUAAGCAGAGGUUGUAACUGUUCUUGUGCAUACUGUUACAAUAAUUUGAACUCUGACUAAACAAUUUGCUUGUGAUUUUUGUCACCAUUUGGGGAAAUUGAAAUUCUUAGGACACAGGAGAUUCACAUUUGGCAAAGUUCCUAAGAAUGUUUAAAUUGACAGUGUCUUAAUGGUAAACCAGUAAACCCUUUGCAUGUAACAGAGAUACUUUCCAAUACUAUGCUUGCCUUUAGCUGCUAAUUGUGAAUUUUGAUGUUGUCCUAAAGGUGUUCUUUUCUCAGCACUGAAUUUGUGAAACUGGAUAUUAACAGAUCCAGCAAAAGGAUCAUUUCAACAAGUUGUUGAGCAAUUUGUUUCUGGAGUUAACAGUAUUGAUGACUAGGGCUUUAUGUUUUGAAGUGCCCCAUAUGUUUAUACUUUUUAUACAUUAUCAUGAAGUAUAUUACUCAAAAUGGUGUUGGAAAUAUUUGGGUAUUUUUUUUUAUUUAUAAACGAUGCCAAUCAUUGCUCUUCACUACUGGUUGCUCCCUCUGGUUACCGAAAAUCAUCAGUACAAAACCAUGAGGUCUGUGCCAUUUCCAUUUUAGUUGAAGUCUAAUUUAGGGUCAUUGCUGUAAAGGGGGAACAGGCCUAUAUACAUCAUAUUUUAAAGCCUUUUUUAGGUGAAUUGUAAGCUUGAAGGAAAAUUGAGGGAAUUGCAGCUUCAGUGUUUUUCGCCAUUUUUGCAUUUAGUCAUUAUGCCAGUGCAGUAUCAUGUUAAAAGUAAUGAACGGUGGCUGCAUCCUGUAAAUAUAUUUUAUUACUGAGUUAAAUUGUAUCUUAAAUAUUAGAUUGGACUUCUCGUACUUGCAGAAUAUCUGAUUAGGCAAAAUAUUCCCUUUUGUUUGGUUUAAUGAACUAGAAAUUGAUCACAUAGGAGUAAAGUUUUUAAUUCCUCCUUCCUCCCCAAAGCUGUUAAAUGUUCUGAAUUUAAUAUAAUUAUGAAGUGUCUUAAUCAUUUGAAAAUUGCAACUUGUAUUCAAAGACUGCUUCUCUGAAGCAGUGGUUUGAUUUCACUUCUGAAUUGCAUUUGAGAUAUACCCACAAAAAGGCACAAUCUCUGCAUUUGCUGCUAUAAAAUCCGCCUUGCAAUUUCAGAAUGUCUGGAUAAUAGCUGUACAUGUUCUUCAUGUUCCUCAAACACUACAAAUUCAUGCACCCCAAAAGCUUAGGGAAUACAUAUUUUAAUGUGUUCUGUUUGGGAGGGUGGCUGCAGGUGGGAUUUUUUUGAGUGGCUAUGUAACUUGUAAAAUAGAACACAAAUGUACAACUUACUAAUAAUUCUGUGAUCUAGCUGUCUGUCAUAUUUCCCUUUUGUGGCAGUGGCAGGAUUGCUUUUUAAAUUUCUUUUACAUUGUUAAUUCCUCUACAUUACACUAGUGCUGUACUUUGUAAGUGCAGCUAGUGAUAGCUUAUUUUUUUGAGAACAAAGAUGGUGCAUGUUAAUGCUUCAAAAUGGUAAAGGCUGUGGCUGCUUUUAGGCCAUUGGAGAUGGUUUUGUUUGCCAUAGGGACUUUGGAAUGAAAGGAAGCAGCACCAAAUAAUAGAAAAUGGCCAGACUUUUUAAAGAAAAACUAGCAGAGCAUUUACCGUUCUUUGUGAGCUUGUUUUACCAGUAGAAUUCUGUAUUGGUAGAACUUGUGAAUUUGAGAAGAAUAAAAGCUUAAGGCUUGUUGCAUAUGCAGACUAAGUGAAUACACUAAUAAAGUUUUAAUUCUGA